AUUCGCCUCUUGCACGCCCGAAAGAGGCUGGUGCAGUCGCCGAGCGUCUCCGCGCUCCCUCUCGCCUCUGCCUACCAGCUGCAGCCGCUAGCCCGGGAAUCCGGCGACCUCUCAAGGAGGGUUGCAACGCCCUUGCUUGCCCCACGCCCGCCAAAGAAGAAGAAGAACAAGAAGGGGGGGGGACGUGAUCUGCAGCCCAGCCCUGCGGGGGGCUCGGGCUGCGUUUGCACGCCCUCUUUGCACCCCCCCUUUUGCACGGGGCUCUUUCUGGCUCUUUCCCCGAGCGCGCGGGGUCUCCAGGAGGAUGCCUGCUUGGAAACUUUAGUCCGGGGAAUUGUGGCGGAUUCUGACUCUGCAGCAACCUCGGUGUCCCGCCAGUGGGAUCGGGUUGACCCCGCAGGGGCAUCCGGGGCUCGAGCUGGCGGGUGAUGAGCCGAGGCUCCGUCCGUUGGCAUCUCCGUUGACCCAUCUCUUGGCCUCCGAAGCCCGAGCAGCGGCCAAGUAAACUUCCUCCGUCUUUGGAUAGCUCUCUGCUCACCUCCCCACGGCGCUCCAACUCGGGGACCCGAGCUUUUGCAAGCGGGUGGAAUUGUCCGUAGGAAGCUGGUGGGCAGCCUCUGUUCGCAUCCCUGCGAUGGGAAGUAAGGCCAUGGACGCCAAGAAGAAGGAUGCCUCGUCUGGUAAGAAGAAGGACGCUGGCCAGAAGAAACGCACGCUGCGCGUUCACAUCCCGGAUCUCAGUUCCUUUGCCAUGCCGUUCCUGGAUGGGGACAUGGAUGGGUCUGAGAAACAUGCUCCGCGAAAGACGGAAGACAGCUGCAAUUCAGGAAGCCCCUCCAAAGGAAUCUUCUCAAAGGGGUUCCAGAACCGACCUUCCAGUCCAUCUUCUGCUCCUGUCAAGUCUAAACAUAGUCCAGGCUCACCCAAAACGGUGUUUCCCUUCCCGUACCAGGAAUCACCACCUCGCUCCCCUCGACGCAUGAGCUUCAGUGGGAUUUUUAGGUCGUCUUCAAAGGACUCUUCCUCCUCUGGUUCUAACCCUUCCACCUCCCCCGGAGGAAUCAAGUUCUUCUCCAGAUCAAGAAAAACGUCUGGCCUUUCCUCUUCACCAUCGACUCCCACCCAGGGAACCAAGCAGCCGGCAUUUCCACUUGAAUGCUACAGACACGAACCGGAAAGGCUAGAAACACGGAUUCACACCCCCUCUUCUCCCCCAGAUACUGGCCAAAGAUUUGGCCUGCUUCUGGGGCAGGGGGCUGCCAAGCCGCCUUCUCCAACACCUGUCUGUUGUGUUACCUCAAAAAUAGCAGGGCCGCCUCACUCCCCGGCCGCUUCCGAAAGGAUGCUGGAGAAACUGGAGCUCGAGGAUGAAGGUAGAAUUCAACUAGCAACCACCAUUGGGAACAGAAUAUCUGUUGCUAAGCAAGGCAGUUCUGUUGGUGAAUCAGAAAGUGAUAUCUACAUGCGAUUCAUGAAGUCACAUAAGUGUUACGAUAUUGUUCCAACAAGCUCAAAGCUUGUAGUUUUUGAUACUACACUACAGGUAAAGAAAGCUUUCUUUGCUUUAGUGGCAAAUGGUGUUCGAGCAGCUCCACUGUGGGAGAGUAAAAAACAAAGCUUUGUAGGAAUGUUAACUAUAACAGAUUUCAUUAAUAUACUGCAUAGAUACUACAAGUCUCCAAUGGUACAAAUCUACGAACUUGAGGAGCACAAAAUUGAAACAUGGAGAGAGCUUUAUUUGCAAGAAACCUUUAAACCCCUAGUGAAUAUUUCACCUGAUGCAAGCCUUUUUGAUGCUGUAUAUUCACUGAUCAAAAACAAAAUCCACAGAUUACCAGUUAUUGAUCCUGUGAGUGGAAAUGCACUUUAUAUACUUACCCAUAAAAGAAUACUCAAGUUUCUCCAGCUUUUUGUGUCAGAAAUGCCAAAGCCUGCCUUCAUGAAGAAAAAUCUGGAUGAACUUGGAAUAGGAACUUACCAUAAUAUUGCCUUUAUACAUCCAGACACUCCUAUCAUUAAAGCCUUGAAUAUAUUUGUAGAUAGAAGGAUAUCAGCACUACCUGUUGUGGAUGAGUCAGGAAAAGUUGUAGAUAUUUAUUCCAAAUUUGAUGUUAUAAAUCUUGCUGCUGAAAAAACUUAUAAUAACUUAGAUAUCACAGUGACACAAGCUCUCCAACAUCGCUCUCAGUAUUUUGAAGGUGUUGUGAAAUGUAAUAAGCUGGAAACGCUGGAGACAAUUGUGGAUCGGCUAGUUAAAGCUGAGGUCCAUCGAUUGGUGGUUGUGAAUGAAACUGAUACUAUUGUUGGUAUCAUCUCCCUCUCUGACAUCCUCCAAGCAUUAGUGCUUACACCAACAGGCGCCCGGCAAAAGGAGAGUGGAACUGAAUGACUGCUUUAAACAGAAACACCUUGGAAAGAAUUUGAAUAAAGUGGCUGGGUCAUCUUUGCCUCAAGAACAUUGAUGGCAGUAGAGAAGAGUCAAGUGAUGAUAAGAAUGUGUGUGUAUUAGGCUAAGUGAUGGAUAGUCUAUUAUUUCCCAGUGACUGUCGCAAAACAAGCAGCGUGACAAAAAGCUUCUGUAUUCAAUGCAGGCUUGCAUAUCAACAUGUUUGCCAAAAGAUUUCAUCUGAUGUCCAUCUCAAAUGCACUGGAAAAGAAUAGCAUUUAAUGUUAUGUUUUAAUCUGAUGCAAGUCACUGGUCAGCAACAGAUCUCCGACAUAAGGCAAGUGUAUGGCAUAUUCAUAUCAGAGUGCCUUAUGUCAAAAAGCCAACAAUAUGUCAUCACUGUUGCCCAUCAUAGUAAAAGAACUUGCUCUGCGAAACAAGAUACUGUAUUUGAAAAUUCAAGUCGCUAAGCCUAAAACCAAAUCAAUUUCAGUUAUCAUUAGAUUUGUUCUAAAAGCUGUAAUUUAAAUAUCAGUAGAUUACUUUAAACUUUAAUUACAACUGUGUGUUUCUAAAUGUUACAUUCAGAACAGAUGGUAAAACAAAACUGAUUAAAAGCAGCUUUAUUUAUUUUUAUUUCUGCAAUUUUUACACAUCUUUGGUGGAUAGUUAAACUUCACCAUAUUCAUUAAUAAAGCAUUGAUUCAUAUGUAAGAAGCAAUUCUCUUAUUACUGAAACAGAUAAUAGAAGCAAUCUUUACAGAUGCAUUACACAAAAGAUUGAGAAAUUGUUUAUUAAAUGUAUUGCUACCCAGCAUGUUUUGUUUGUCCACAGCAGAGAAAUCAUAUAGUGGUAUAUGUAUAAGUAUGUUAAAUUUAUGUUGCCAGAAGUAUAGUGCUAGAAAUCUAUAUCCUACUAAAACACUCUUUCCUAUAAGCUUUAACUGGGCGAAAUGAUGCAUCAUAGGACAACAAUUUUUGAACCAAGGGUACCUCAAAUGGUUUAAUUUACAGAAAGUGUUCAAAAUCUGGGAUCCAUGAUUCCUGAGAGAAUGAGAUUAGGGAAAUUUGUGGCUUCUUCAGCUCUGAUCACCUGAUGCUCAUUUUGAACAGUUCUGUGAAAUCUACGAUAGUUUCCCAGCUACUUAAAUAUUCCUGUUUUUUUUAAAAAAAAUAGAAAAUUUGAAGUCCAAAGCACAUGGAUACACAAAUUUACCUGCAGUUAGUUCAUAAUUUUUAUAAAAAUUAGCAGUACUACUGGAUUUUUCUAAAAUAUUGAAUGAGGGGAAUUUUACAUUGCCUAACUGCAUACUGGUAACAACCUCUUGAAAGACAGGCAGAUUUCAGGCAGAGUUAAAGCUUGCUUAAUUUUGUUAAACAGAUGCUCAGCUUUUAGAUUAACUUUUAAAAUUAUACAGACUAAAUAGGUGCACUGAUGGAAGAAAACAAUCUGGAAAAAGCAACCAUCUGCCCUGUUUGACAAUGCUCUCUUUAAAUAAAGGCAGAAUUCAAAUUGAGGUGUGCAGAUGUACACAAUUUGCUGGUGAGAACAUUUUAUUCCACAUGUAAUCUUUUUCAUAGGAUAAUUCUUCAAAUUCAUUUGCACUUGCCCAAUUCCAACAUUCCUUUCUCAGGGUAUGAUGACCUGAAGUGAGCACAGCCUUCAACUUGUCAACUAGUCUGUUUCUGCUCCUUUCCUCAUGAUGCCAAUCAUUUGCCAUUGUUUUUUUUUCCAGCUUUUUUUCCAGUUUUUUUCUCCAGCAAGCAUCACUUUCUUGGUCAUUCACCAGUAAACUCAGCAAAUAUGUAUGUAACUCCCCCCUCCCACUGUUACCUACUUUUGCCAUUUUCAUGUCCAUUCUAGGCAGAUCUUUCAAUGCAGAUCUCUUCAAUGUCUCCUUUAAAAAAAAUGGAGUACCUUGCUAUCAGUACAAACAAUGCCUGAAAUUUUUACGCUCAUCUUUCAAAUUUAUCCUCUAUUAUAUGGCUGGAUUCUUUCAAGCAUUACAUAAACAAUCUGGCAAAUGCUAAAAAUCUAAUAUUCUAUAUUAUGCCCAAUCUUGAUAAUUUUCAUAUGUGUGGACUUUAGUUCCUAGAAUUCUUCAGGAGGCUGGCAAGGGAUUCUGGUAGUCCACAUAUCUUAAACUCACCAAGAUUCAGAAAUUUGAAUUUACAAUUAAUCAGAAACUAAUCCCAGCAACAUAUUCAAACAUGAUUGUAUUUUCAGCACAUGAAUGGUUCAUUCAUUGAAUCAAGACUGAAAAUAUGUUUUUUUCAAUAGAGCCUACAUUUUUACUCCCCCUGGCAUGUACACUUAAGAUACAAUAAACACCCGCAUGCAGUAAGGAGAAAGGUGGUAAAACUGCCAUUAUUAAAUAUGAGGAGAAGCAGGGUCAAUUUAUGAAGCGGUCGCAGCUGUAUUAAAGUUUCCGGUUUGCUGAAUCUGUGCCUACCAGCUGUGUUCUGCUUACUCUGUGUUGCACCUGUCCCACCUGUCCCAUAUAUUAUAUAUAUAAUAUGUUGGAACUCCUGAGACGAGUAUGAAACUUGCAAAGCAGAAAGACCUGAUGCGAUGGCCGCCGAGGGAAGAAAAGCAGCUGUGUCCUUCUGCAUGCAGACCCCCUGCAAGCUGGAUCAAGGGGAGUCCCCUUUCCGUCCUCAGCAUCUUGAGACUCAAGAGGCUAGAAUUCCUUGAUGUUGGGCUGCACAUGGAGCCACCGCUAGAUGGCAAUAGAGUAGUUUGGAAACCAACCUCUGGCUAUGGGCGAGAAAAAGUAUGCACGUACAUGUGGAGGAAGAAAAUAGAGAAAAGUGGGCUACUUACAGAGACUGGGUGUAAAGGAAGAGACAUACAUGUAGCCACAUUCUCACUUCUGUUUAUUUCCCUUUGUCCAAUGUUUCUCAACCUUGAGGGCUUGAAGAUAUGUCAACAAACUCCCAGUUACCCAGCAGCAGUCUGGCUGGGGGUUUCUGGGAAAUGAAGUCCACAUAUCUUAACAUUGUUGAGAAACACUGGGCAUAAAGUAGACAAGUAUGUUACCCAGCAGAGAACAUUGCAAAUCACAUUGCUUCAACUAUCUGCAGGAAGGAGAUCAAAAUCUGCAAGUGGGUGCUGUGUUGAGAUCCAGGAUCUUUUGUACCUUGCAAAUGUUGACCUUGCUUUUCAGAGCUGAUUUGAUCUAACCCUGAAGCUUUGAUUUGAUCAUCUGGAAUUUCUACAGCUUUACAGAUCUUGUGAGCAUUCUGAUUUUCAGGGGCAUGAACCCCUAAUUCCAUCCCAGGGUCUCUUAUAGGUUAUGAUCAAGAUGAUGGCCACAAUGGUGCAAUCAAAACUCCCGUUUUUACAUACAUUUUAAAAAUCCACAUGUGGAGCUUUUAUUGCACUAUUUUGGCGGACAUCUUGAUUUUUUUGACAGUAUCUCUCACUCCUAUUGCUUGCUCAGAAUUAUUUUUUUCCCAUUGCCCUCAAAUAUGUGCAUCAACUCUUCAUGCAGCUUUCCUCAUUCUGUGUGCAUUAAUUGGAAUAUAUUCCCAACCUCUAGUCCAUCAGUCAUAACAACAGGAACUAGGACCUCUGCUCUUGGAGAAAGCCCCUAGUUGCUCAGUAACUUGCAAAUGGCCCUUUAUUUUUUACCAGGAGAAUGUCCCAACUACUAUUACAUUAACCUGCCCCACCAGGACAGGAUGGAAAGUUAUGUUACAGAUCCCAUCAAAUAGGUAUGUACCUCUGGUGGGACUGCAAAAGAGGGCCUUCUCUGUGAUGGCCCUUUCCCUAUGGAAGAUAAUUCCACCUGAGGAACAGUUGGCUCCCACCGUGUUUGCUUGUUUGCUUAUUUAUCUUACCACCAGGUAACUGGGCAGCUUACAAUAUUAAGAUAAAACUAUACAAAUAAAAAAAAUCAUAAAAAUAUGAUACCGAAUGUUCCUUUUCCAAAAGGCAGUAAAAUGUGGUUUGGUCAGCGAUACUAGAGACCACAUAUGGAGGUGAAGCCAAAUAAGUAGUUGAUUUAAUUGUGUGACUGAUGUCGUGGGUGGGGUGUAAUUUUUAACGGGCUUUUAUAAUGUAUUUUUAAUGUGAGCUAUUUGGAAUCAUUUAUGUAUGAGUUGCAUGGCCCUGUAGAUUUGUUUAAUUAAUUAGAUUAGAUAUUGUAAUAUAUUUGGGAUGGAAGUAGAAGACGACCAGGCUGAGCCCAAGGGCAGGGUCAAACUUAUCAUCAUUCUGGAGCCUCUAUGCCCCUGAAAGAGACCUAAUAUCAGCCACCCUUGAAGUUUGUUGACUCUUACCUGGCGCCAAUUUGCCUUGACUGUUGAUACAGAUUCUUGUGUAUAGUUACAUGGAAUAAACUCACAGAGCUUUUGAACUCUA